GUGGCUGGUGGGGUCGGACUGCAGACAAAAUUCAGCUCCACAGAGCACGCACAUCGCUAUACACCACCACCCGUGUCAUAGAGGCUAAGUCCUAAUAGCCGGGUUAGGCCAUGAAAUACAGCAUCGUUGCUUGGUUUGUCUGGCUCUAUACCGCUGCGGAUGCUUUGAUUUCCACCGCACCGAUCGGCAGCAGCGCGGGCGCCUCACGCCGAGGGAGAAUACAUCGGCAUUUAUCGGCAGUAACGCUGCUGACGUUGCCGAGGCGCAGCGCUGCCAGGCAAGAAAUGGGCACCCGGAGACUCUGCGCUGCCGACAGCAUCCACAAGAGCUACUCGAUGAUGUGCGGCGUUGCUGACUACGACCAGCAAGAGCUGGUGCUGAGAGAGUUUGCCCUGCCUCUGCAAGCUAGCCCAGGGUCAUACGAGAGACGGGUUAGGGCGGAGUGUUUGCGGGAGGGGGGUGAGGCGGCUACGGUCGUUCGGUGGCACAUUAGCCACGCGGACGAAGCGACAGGCCGUGCUCAUGUAGAGGCUGUAUUCCUCCUUGCCACAAGUGUAUCGGGAGCCGAGACCGCGAUCGACGAAGCGCCAUGACCCCGAUAAGCUUGAUGCCCAGCCUUGAAGCUUUCGGAGAAAUUGAUCACCGCUGGGGUGCGUACAGACCGCGUUGGUUCGACCUUUGCUGUGGCAACCUGACAGCGACGGGAGCGCUGCUGUACGGCGCUGGCGCUGGCGCUAGCGUUUAAACUUGGGGCUACAACAGCAGUAUUUGCAUUCUCCGGAAGUUUGGAACCUGGCAUUGUAGCGAGUUCGUCUUUGCUGCGAAAAAGAGGGGUGCCGCGCGCCACGGCGAACGGAUAGUACUACAGCAUGUGCCGUACUAGAACAGAUUAUCCCCCUGGAUUGGACCCCGAGGACCCAUUGCGGGC